GGACCUUAGUUACAUCUUUCUGUUAUACAAGAAGAAUUCUCAGGAAGACGAUUUACCAUCCAGGCUAGCUGCGGAGUAAUGGAAACAGGGAGUGGUACAAUUAUGGAGGAUGCAGCCAAAUAUUGGAUGUGGAUGAACAGCAAACCCGUCGGUGAUGUUAGGUCAAGCUCAAACAACGUUAUUGUCGGUGAAGCUAAUAAUUGGGAAGAACGAGCGUUUGCGGUGGAUUCAGCUGGACCUCUAGGGGGAUUUGUAUGGCCGCCAAGAUCUUAUACAUGUAGUUUCUGUGCAAGAGAAUUCAGGUCAGCUCAAGCCUUAGGUGGGCAUAUGAACGUACACAGGAGGGAUAGAGCUAGGCUUAAAGAAUCUGAUCAUCCUCCAAUUUAUCAUUAUAGUCCCAACAAUAACAAUAUCCAUCGAGCUGUGGAUUACAAUUCUGACGGUAGUAUUGUAUCACUGUUACCUCUAUCAUCAACGCAAGAGAUUAGAGAUGUCAACGGUGCGGCCGGGAAGACCAUAUUACUGGUUUCUCCUUCCUUUGCUUGGUCUCCCACAGUUGUUCAUGAAAACAAUUAUGAACAGAUUAAGGAAGUAGCAGGAUCGACACUUUUUUCACAAAAUCUCUCACAAACAGCAGAUCCGGUUUUGGUUAGGGUCCCUAGUAGUAGUGGUAGUUGUAGUAGUAGUGCUGUUAUCUGUCAAUCAGCCGUAAAGCUUGAUAGAGACAAAAGUUCAUCAAAGGCAAAUGACAUAGACAUACUCGAAGAUGAAUUAGCCAAGGAGGAUUCAACGGCAGCUGCUGGUUCAGGUGUAAGCUUAUCGUGUAAUAUAGACUCAAACCGGCGCCCUACAUGCUCUAUUAACAUUCAUCGUCAUGUAUCUUCGACUAGUAACAAGCGACGCCGAAGAGAUAUACAACCGCCCUCAUCUCUCUCCCAGCUUAUGCCAGCAGGUGGUACUGCUGGUUCAACAUCCUCAGCUUUUGACAAGACGAAUGGGUUACUCCACAGUUAUAACUCAUCUAUGGAUGAGUUAGAUCUUGAGCUCCGGUUAUAGGCGGCAACGGAUUCUUUGCGCACCAUGGACCUCAAAUAGACGUAUGUACCUAUUUAAUCCAUGUUUAUCAAAUUUUUUUACUUAGCUUGUCUAGUUAAUAGUUAUAAAUAAGGUUUAAUCCCAAGUCUCUUUAGGCUUCAACUGCUAGUUACUUAGAUAAGCAUACAUUACAUUUGGAUAUUUGUACAAGUCUUUUACAGAUAAUCGGCAACAAAAUUACACAAUUGAUAUUGAGAACUAAUAUACUAGUUAAUUAAAUCAUUGAAAUUAA